AUGAAAUUUGCCCGGUACCUGGAGGAGAACGAGGUAGAUGAAUGGCGCAAGGCGUACAUUAACUACCGCGGGCUCAAGAAACUCAUCAAGCGGGUCGACGAACAUUACCAGCGGCGCAAGGAUAACCUGCCUGAGCCGGACGUAGGCGCACAACGGAGCCGCACAAAACAGUUGUUCUGGCGCGGUACGGCAAUCUUUCCGCAUACGAAUGAUGUUCCUAACUAUGGGGGUACAGACAAUGGGAUACCACCUGUGAGCCUCAAAGGCACGGGCCUUACUCUUGCCGGCACUCAUGACCGUGAGGCGCUUCAGGACGCCCAUCAUCACAUUUCCAGUCCCAUCGACCUCGCACCGAUAACGCGAGAUGAAGAGGCGGGGGGUUCCAGUCUUCCCCAAGCGUGUGCGAGCGGCGCAAAGCCAUUCAGCCCGGAUUAUGCAAGCUUGCCGUCCUCGCAAGUCCCCGAGUGGGUCAUUCCCGACCGCGGGAAGCUGAGCGACAAGAACGUCGACGAGAUAAUAGGAAAGCAUUUUGAUGAGCAGGAACGAAAUUUCUUCUUGGCAUUGGAUCAUGAGGUGGCAAACAUUGUACAGUUUUAUGAAGCGCGCGAGAGAGAGGCAAUCGACCGCCUUUCUACAGUCGUAGUGCAACUUGGAGACCUUGCCGAGCACCGUCGCGAGUACAAAGCGCACGAGCACGGCGAUCAGCAUGCGUUUCCAUGGCCUUUUCCCCGGCGUGGCUACAGAAAUGCGCCGGGCGCAGCGGAGGAGGAGGGUCAGCCGGAAGAUUUGGGCGACCAGCGGCGUGCCAAGGCGAUGGAGCAUGUACAACAACUCAAGAUUGAGCAUCUGUAUACAGAAGACAAUGAUUUGGCGAACGCACCGGAUUUGCACUCGAUCAAUUACAAAGUUGCGAAGCGGAAACUGCGUGCGGCGCUGAUUGAGAACCACCGCGGCCUGGAAAUCCUGAACAACUACCGCAUUCUUAACCGCACAGGGUUCAUCAAGAUUUUGAAAAAAUUUGACAAGACCUUGGGCGUGACGAUUUUGCAACCCUACUAUACCCAGCGUGUGAUGAAUACGCCGCUGGUCUUUUCGGACGUGAUCCCGAAAAUGCUGGAUGCCGUUGUCGAGUUAUAUGCUUCGUACUUUGCACACGGAGACAAGAAACGUGCACGCCAAGCAUUGUACCUCCAUUCCGCCGCUUCGCAAGAUACACUCGAUAAGCGCAAGCUAGACGGUCGCGUCGCAUUUGUCACGGGCGUUUUCCUGGGCGUGUCGCUCUGUGCAAUCAUUGAAGGGCUCCGUGCAGCAAUGGAUCCCAGAACACAGGAGCUGCUGCCAGUCUGGCCUAAUUUGCUGCAGCUAUAUGGUGCAGAGUUUAUCCCCACACUCUUCGCACUCUUAUUUGGGUUUAAUUUGAUCGGAUGGCGCUCUGCGCGGAUCAACGCCUUGUUCAUCUUUGAGUGGGAUGCAGGGAAUGCACUUAGCCCUUUGCAGUACUUUCAGUUCCCUGCAUUCUUCCUCAUGCUCCUCUCCAUCUUUUUCUGGAUCUCAUUUUCGAACCCAACUGCGAGUGCGAUCACGGCCACGUCCUGGCCGCUGAUUUGGCUCGUAAUUGUACUGGUCUUGUUGCUAAAUCCCUUGCCGAUCAUGCACCUUUCCGGUCGUCUCUGGUUCAUGUACUCGAUGUUGCGCGUAUUGAGUGGCGGCAUCUUUUCCCGUGUCGAGUUCCGCGACUUCUUUUUGGGCGACGAGUUGAACAGCGUCUUGUACAGCAUCAGCAACCUUUACCUGAUGGGCUGCGAAUACAAUCGCCAUUUUAGUGUACCAGACACGUGCUCCACAACGAAAUCCUACUGGGUUCCUGUGCUUGGCUCUAUCCCACCCUUUCUGCGUUUACUGCAAUGUUUCCGGCGUUAUCGCGACAGUGACUACGCUGUGCGAAUUCAUUUGCUAAACGCUGGCAAGUACGCUUCUUCUAUUUUGAAUGCGUUUUUCUUUUUCAAGUACCGGCACAAUGGCAUGACUGGCGUGGAGAACAAGGCGCUGUGGAUUACUUUUGCCACGAUCAAUGCCCUUUCUACUUCAUCGUGGGACUUGACAAUGGACUGGAAUUUGCUUCGGCCAAAUGCCAAAUAUCCACUCUUGCGGUCAGACCUUGCGUAUGCAGAUAUAUGGCCUGUGUACUACUUUGCUAUGAUUACAAACGUCAUGAUCCGGUUUGUUUGGGUCAUCUUCUUGUUUGGCGGGCCUGCAAGUAUUCCGCUCCGCUCGUUUAUUGCCGCACUGUUGGAAAUGCUGCGCCGAUGGCAGUGGAACUUUAUUCGGUUGGAGAACGAGCAUCUAGGCAAUGCCGACUCGUUCAAGAUUAUACGCAAUCGUACGUCCCAAUUUUGCUAA